CUUCCAAUACGCUGUUCUUCCCCAACCAAAAAACCGCCGUGUCACAUGGAGGGUUCGAUGCUGAUCUGGACGAGCGGGGUUCACGGUAUUAAAUCAUUAUUAUUGAUUUCCAUGCAUAAGAAUUGUCUUUUAUAAAGCUUCCCCGCGUUGGUAACGACAAGUCUUGGUUAUUAAAGGCUGGCUGUGUCUCGCAGUUGUGGCGAUACGCUCCUCAUUUCCCCAUCAAACUUGCGUCGAUCAUCCGUAUAAUAGAUCGUUUCGCUAGUACUCAACAAACCGGACAACAAUGUUGUCGUUUUCGUUUACUUUUCCCAAGCUGCUGGCUGGGACUCGCGGACGGGCAAUCGAUAUCCACUCAGUCAAGAUCCAUGAAAUAGAGACGGCGCAGGAGAAGCCGGCACGGGCUCUCAAGCACCUACUCAGACUGAAUCAUGCCAACAAUGCCAUUCUGUUCAAUGAGAGACGCUUCCACAACCAUACUCCACAUAUUUUGAGCUCUUCGUACCUUUUGGGCGCUGAUGCAGACGACUUAAACCGCAUCUAUGAAGAGGAGGCAAAGCAGCUGGACCCGUGGACGGAUUCCCCUGGAGAGAUUAGCACCGAUGACUGGCGGGAUUUCCUUGGGAAUCGAGAGUAUCAACGAGCCUACGUGGAUUUCUUUGAAGAUGAACUCGUCCGCUAUGGAUACGACUGGAAGCGGGUGAUUCAUGAGUUUCUUUUCUCUGGAAAGGAACCAUUGAUAAAUUCUGUUCUCGCUGACCUGGGCCAUCCUCUGAUCCAUCUCGGAUAUGCCUUGGAGAUGUCUAAUCGAGAAGUCGCGAUGGAAGCUCUUGCAAUGACAGCAACUUGCUAUAGUGAUAUCCAUAAGUAUCUCGACGAUCCAUCUUAUUCAAAGGCGGAGGCUUCCUAUCAUUCAACCUCCCCUCUCAGUAUUCUCGAGAAAGUCCGCACCGAUAAGCGCUUUCACGGCUUGUUCGGCUCUCCGGGUGCCCAGAAUACGCAAAUUCUCUUCCGUGACCGUGAAGCUGCCCUACUUGAUCACUGGAACGCAUGGGAGAUCCAAGAUCCUGUGAAGCAGUUCCGCGAAAGCCAGGAAGCCGCGGCCGCGAUGCUGGUCGCUACGCGCGAAAAUUCCACAGCACGAUACGAUUUCUUCUUGGUUCACCUCCUGACCACUUCCCAUGCAGUCAGGAUCCUCCUGCCGUUAAUCCCUUCUGCGUUCCAUAUACCUCUUGUCCGACAGUGGUGGCUAAUCACUAUUGCUGUCUAUAUCUCCCAACUUCGACCGGAGAUAAAGCUCGACAGGAUCACCGACUACGAUCUCAAGGGUAGAGAUUGGAAAUGGGCCAGCCAUAAGGCUGUAAAGGGCCCUCACUCCACUGAUGCUCACUAUGUCAAGGCUAUCCGAGCAUACAAGGAGGCUGCACAGACCUGGGGAGACCCUGAUGAGUUCUACCUCAAGGCGGCAGUUAAGUUUGCAGACGAAUUCGAUGGUUGGGGUGGAUUUGUUUAAAAGUCUUCUAUGGGUCGUUUUGAAUCUUGAGACACGAGCUCAUAAUGUUGCUGGGUAUCAUGUGAACACGUUCGCAACUACUUAAUGAACUUGAGAGAUACUCUUGGAGGCUUUCAUUCUUUAACCUCUGUAUUAACAGUUACUCUCCACUUAUUUAUAAUCAUGAAGAAAAAGGCUUCAUUUCUUUUUGCAAUCGUCUCCUACCAUGCACUAGCAGUUCAGAGUCUAUAUUGGCCAUCUUAAUGUCGAAACCUAGGAUUAGAGAUGCAAAGAAGGGAACAGAACAUAAGUAUAGAAUAGGAUCCUCUGGACUGUCUUGCUGAGCCAAUGUCAAAUGCCAUGGUGCACUUUCCCGUUAUAAUAACAACCGACAUGCUCAGAUACUCCGAGUAUGUACACGCAGAUUGUACGAGCGCUUGCAAGCAUGCAUACCCUAGUGAAGAUAAU